GGAGAAAUUCUUCACACACAUAGACAUCAACAUCUCAACGCAUUUCAGUGAUCCUGCCACACCGCCACAAAGAUGAGUAACUACAAGUGGACUGCAGGAUCAGAUCAAAGGAUUGUGCUUGUUGGUGUGAGUGGAGUUGGGAAGAGUGCCACAGGAAACACAAUCUUGGGAAGAGAGGAAUUUGACUCAGAAAUAAACUCAUCUUCAUUGACACUGAAAUGUCAAAAAGGAGAAGCAUCUGUGUGUGGAAGAGAGGUCACAGUGGUUGACACCCCAGGCUUGUUUAAUACUGAGCUCUCUGAAGAAGAACUGAAGGAAGAAAUGAAAAACGCUAUGACUCUGAGUGAACCUGGACCCCAUGCUUUUCUUCUGGUGAUACAGCUGGGCAGAUUCUCUCAGCAAGAGAAAGUAGCAGUUGAAAAACUAGAGGAGAUCUUUGGUGAAAGAGUGCGGGACUACAUUUUAGUUCUAUUCACACAUGGGGAUGAGCUGAGAAACAUAAAUAUUCAUCAGUUUGUUCAGAGGGAUGGAAAUCUUUCUCAGCUGAUUAAGAAAUGUGGAAAUAGGUAUCAUGUCUUCAACAACAAACACAUGGAAAAUCAUACACAGGUCAUGGAGCUCCUUGGAAAAACAGAAAAAAUGCUCUCAGAGAAAGACAGUGAAUAUUAUGCAAAUCAGGGGAUACAACACUGCAGGACAGAAAACCAGAUCAGACCAGUUGCCGUGGUAAUUGCAGCACUGAUGGGGGCAGUAGCUGGAUCAGAGAUAGAGAAAAAAAUGCUAACAUUGACAGGGGCUGAACCAAGAGAAGACUUAGGAACUCUUUACAGCUCAAUAAUAAGGACAGUAGUUGCAACAGCAGUAGGAUCAGCAGUAGGAGCAGCAGCAGAAAUGGCCGUGUUCAUGAGGGACAGAUCAGUGAUGGAGCCAGGAAUGAGCUCAGCAUUAGAAGAAAGAGUAAGAGCAGCAGUGAAGUCUGGAUUUACUGAAGCAAUAAAGGCAGGUGUGGGAGCAGUUAUGAGGACAGGAAGACGCAGGGCGAUAUGGGCAGGAAUUGGUGCAGCAAUAUGUGCAACAGUGGGAGCAGGAAUAGGAGCAGGAGUCGGUGCAUUAAUUGGGACAGGGGUUGUGGCAAUCAUGACAUAGUCUUUUAGUGUAAAGGUGUAUUAACAAAUUGGUCAAAAUGAAUAAAACAAGCCACCUACUGUAAAGUUUAGCAGACCACCAAUGGAGAGAAGUUAGGUCAAGCUAGAAAGUCUCUUGGUGGCUUGUCAUUGUUAAUGUCAUCUCUGUUAGCUUCCAGUCUUUUUAAGCCAAGCAUUUCUCUUUUCCAAUAGGUACAUUCAGCCACCUAUUUGAAAUAACCUACCUACUGUAUUAGGGAAGUACAUUAUGCUGGCAACUCCCUCCUCUACCCCACCUCCACCUACUGUUUGGGUUCACCUAACUGGGGAGUCACCUUAAAGGUGCAGUCAAUGUCCAAGAGCAAAAGCUACACUGUAUCUGCAUAUUCAUUCAAUUGUACAAUACAGUUUGUGCUCUCAGAUGUGAUAUGUUCUCAUGGUCAAACUGCUGUUCUUUAAACUAUUGGGUGCAUUUAUAUUUUGAACAUUUUGAAUCUGAUUAAGUUAAUGUAUUUUCUAAUCAUUGUAAUUUCAGCCAGAUGUUUGUGUUUUUGGUCAACAUGUUUAAACAAAUUUGCUUUGAUACAAACACAGAAUAUAUAUAGCUCAUUUAUGCAGUAAAGGAUCUCUUCUGUCUCUCCCUGUCUGUAUUACCCUUGUGUAUUAAUGUCGCUGCAAAAAGAGAUGUUCUGUGAAGAAUUGGCCUCCUUCUCCUGAGUUUUCACUUUUUCUUUUUAUUUGUAAAAGAGAACCAUAUAAUGGUUUCUGUACAUAAAACUGUGCAAACUGUAUGAUUACUUCCUGUUGAAUGUAUUGUACAGUUGAAAAUGACUACAAAUUUUAUGCUAUUCCACUGUGGUCCUGGAGGGCCAUUGUCCAGCAGGAUUUUUUAAACUGGAGUUGCAAAUUAAUUUUGAA